UGUGCGCGCUAUUCCACUCCACUGGUUAUUGCUCCACCAGUGCAGGGAGCAGACGGACAGAUAUGAGCGCGCAGAGAUAAACUAUAUUUGGAUGUAUGAAUAUAUGGAUGUGGUCGCUGCGCUAGGAUUAUGCCAUAUUUGUACAUUCAAGAGGUCUAGAAGGUCCACAGUCCUGCGGCCAUCCAGUCUGCCACCUUCACCUUUGAAGAGGGUGCCAAUGCCAACCUAUUAGAACGGAUUAACCAGAAUUUGCCACCUCACAUAAAGAGGUGAGAACAUCCCAUUGCCAUGGGGAACCAGCUGACCGAGAUAGCCCCCAACACCCCUUUCCUGCAAAACUUCCAGUCCUUACACGUUGUGGUGAUUGGCCUGGAUGCGGCUGGCAAAACUUCUCUGCUCUACAGACUGAAACUCAAGGAGUUUGUCAAGACCAUCCCGACCAAGGGCUUUAACACGGAGAAGAUCAAGGUAGCGGUGGGCAGCUCGCGGGCCAUCACCUUCCAGGUCUGGGACGUAGGGGGCCAGGAGAAGCUACGGCCCCUCUGGAAGUCGUACACGAGGCGGACCGAUGGCAUGGUGUUCGUGGUGGACUCCACCGAGACCGAACGUAUGGAGGAGGCCAAGGUGGAGCUUCACAAGAUCACCCGUACCUCGGAGAACCAAGGGGUGCCCGUCGUGGUGCUGGCCAACAAGCAGGACCUGGCCUCGGCUCUGUCUGUGAAUGAGGUUGAGAAGGCCCUGGCUGUCCAUGAACUGAAUGCCUCCACACUGCACCAUGUACAGAGCUGCAGCGCCGUGGAUGGACAGGGCUUACAACCAGGCCUAGAGAAACUCUACGAGAUGAUCCUGAUGAGGAAGAAGAUGGUGAAACACAACAAACAUAGAAAGAGAUAAGCCUUUGGUUGUCCUGAGUUACAGGGAUAUUUAUGUACUGACUAUGUAACUCUUUGAGCAGAAGUCCCGCCCCUUUAAAUAAAAAGGAGGGCUUUUUGGCCAACAAAGAUGGCCCAGGGGACAGGAGAAAUGGAUUUGGCCUUUAUGUGACAUGCAGUAUUGAUACACUGUGUCUUUCAUACCUUGUAUUCGCCACACAGCUGCCAUUUGGAUGCAAGAAAUAUGUAAUAGCCGCAACAGGAUGCCUAUGACAUAUUUUAUCACACAAAGUUGGACUCACUUGUUUGCACCACAACACAUUAGGAAUAUGAUACUGAACUUUGAACUCUGUACUCUGGAUUUACAUGACACAUUUACAUGAUAUGAAGCUAAAUGGUAUAGAUAUCAAAUGGGACACCAAGGCUAUUACAGUAUUAUUAUUAUUAUUAUUAAUUAUUUUUUAUUCCAAGUGCAUUGCACUGUUUUCAGAAGUUGUAAACUGUUUGUAACACUGAAUAAUUAAUAAAUCAGCACACUGUGUUAAAUGUAUGUUGAUAUCUAUUGAGACAAUAUCAUAGUGUAAAGCUAACACAGCAUGCAUUAUAAUGGGGCUUGGGACUAAAUGCAUUUAGCUGUAUGUUGUUAAAUUAAAGGAUGGCAAAAGGAAGCCAUCUUCAAAUCAAAUUGUAUUCGUCACAUGCUUUGUAAACAACAGAUGAUGACUAACAGUGAAAUGCUUACUUACAAGGCAGAGAGAAAGAAAAUAAACAAAUAAUAGCAAAGUAAUAAUACGUGAUAAUGAAAGUAAUAAUAGAUACACAAUGAGUAACGAUAACUUGGUUAUCUACAAGGGGUACCAGUGCCGAGUUGAUGUGCAGGGGUAGAAGGUAUUUUAGGUAGAUGUGCACAUAUAACAGUAGCAGCAGCGUAUGUGAUGAGUCAAAAAAAGUUAGUGCAAAAAGGCUCAAUUCACAUAGUCCAGGUAGCUAUUUGGUUAACUAUUUAACUACAUACAGUACCAGUCAAAAGUUUGGAGAAAACCUACUCAUUCAAUGGUGUUUCUUUAUUUGGACAAUUUUAUACAGAAUAAUAGUGAAGACAUCAAACCUAUGAAAUAACACAUAUGGAAUCAUGUAUUAACCAAAAACGUGUUGAACAAACAAGAUAUAUUUUAGAUAUUAGAUUCUUCAAAGUAGCCACCCAUUGCCUUGAUGACCAGCUUCACCUGGAAUGCUUUUCCAACAGUCUUAAAGGA